AUGGCAUCCUUCAAGGUGAGCUCCCAAUUCCUCCUUUCCCCGCCUGGCCUGUUGCUGAGCCCGGCCUCUGGUCUACAGGAAUCCUCUGUAUCACGGCCAUUCGCCCAGACGGGCGCCCCUGUCCGACAGACCAACUCUCGACAGCAAACCCAUUCCCAUCUCCCCUGGGUGCAGUCAAUGCGAACCACCGUGUCGGCCAAUGCCGCCGCCGCUGUGGCAGCGUCCCUCAAGGAGCAUGGGGAACCGGCGGGCAUUCCCGUCGCUGCCUCUCACCGUCGAGGUGCCAACGCUCGCAAAGGGUUGGAGUCGAGCUCCAUGGGAACAGCUUCUGGGUCUGGGUUCAGUUCCUACCUGUCCCGCAGCGUCAACGAGAGUACGGCUGGGCGCAAGCACUCGCCCAGUUCAAUCGAUGAGAACACUGCUGUCGAUGGUGGCGGCCCCGUCGGACGGCCCGUGAGCACCAAAAACCGGAAUCGACGGGCCAGCGAGGGCUCGCACUUGGUUCGCGGAGAAGGGAAGCGAUUCUCGACGGAACUGCGUUGUGAGCAAUGUGGGAAGGGGUAUAAGCAUAGCAGCUGCUUGACCAAGCAUAUGUGGGAACAUGAUCCUGCAUGGGCUUUCACGUCGAAACUUCUUAUCUCGAAACACCAGCAAGUCCAGUUGCUCGAGGCGGCCAGCGUUCUGGUCAAUAUGAACCAGGAGGCUAUCAAUGCUGCCUCCGAGGCCCGCGAUACCGAAUCGGACAACUCUUCCGCCUCCCCCGCGGCGUCGUCGGAACUUCGAGAUGGUGCCAGCUCGACAGAGACUACGCCGCCCCCGAUGGACGACGAGAUGGCCGAUUCAGACGACAAGAGAUACAGUGUCAACAGCUCGUCAGCCUUCUCGCGCUCCUUCCAAUCCGUCCCGUCGAGUUCCUACACCGGCAGCGCCCCUCUGCAUUCGCCUGCUUUCUCUCACUUCCGGCAGUCUAGUGUUGACACCCGGCCCUCGACGGCAGGGACGGGCACUGUUGGUGCGCUGGACGACCAGGAGGAGGCAGAUCUUGCUGCCGCCGUCCGUCUCUGUAAUUUCGGGACACCCCGUUCGAAGCCGGUGGCCACGUCGUCGGAUGUACCACCAGUACCCCCAUUGCCGGCCCAGUAUGUUGGCCAGAAUGGGGCCAGUGUUAGCGGCAGCAUGGGGCUAGCGGGCUCAGCCUCCACCAUUUUCAACUCUCUUUCCCUGGACCCGUCCUUGUCGUAUAAGGUCUCGGACGAGCGAGACGUGAAGAUGGGUGACGCAGAUCGCGAGUCGAGACACCGUCGCAACAACGACGUCGACUUUGGCAGCCGCCAAACUCACGUCGAUGAUGACGACGACGGUGUCUUUGGUCGGAUGGAGGAGUGA